UUAUUGUCGUUGUUAACGGAGCAGCAUUGAGUGUGAGGCGGCUGAUCCGUCGACAGGGUGUGUCCCCCCCUGCUGUAACUUCAUGUCAAGUUAACUGUAACCCUCUGGAGACGCUGUCUGCUUCCUGAUUCACGGCUUUCUUCACGUCCACUUUGGAAACCAUCUCUCCCUCUUCUACAAUGGCCGCGAUUGGAAACCGAGGAACAGUGACUGAGGCAGCAGGUUUCGACGCAGAAGCCGAUUCCCAGAAGCUCAGAGAAGCCAUGAAGGGAACUGGCACUGAUGAGGCGGUGAUCAUCGACGUCCUCGCUCACCGGACUGUUGCCCAGCGGCAGCGCAUCAAAGAGACCUUCAAACAAGCAGUUGGGAAGGACCUGGCGGAUGAACUGUCCUCCGAGCUGAGUGGGAACUUCCGGGCCGUCGUUCUCGGUCUGCUGAUGCUGGCCCCCGUGUACGAUGCCUACGAGCUGAGAACUGCCAUGAAGGGGGCUGGAACAGAGGAGGCUUGUCUCGUCGAUAUUCUCGCUUCAAGGUCAAAUCCUGAAAUAAAAACCAUCACUGCCGUCUUCAAGAAAGAACAUGGGAAAAGCCUGGAAGAUGCUGUGUGUGGAGACACAUCUGGAAUGUUUCAGAGAGUCUUGGUCUCUCUACUCACAGCAGGACGAGAUGAGGGGGAUAAAGUGGACGAGGCCCAGGCUGCUAUAGACGCCAAGGAAAUCUUUGAGGCUGGUGAGGCUCGAUGGGGCACGGACGAGGUGAAAUUCCUCACUGUGCUUUGUGUGAGGAACCGAAACCAUCUGAUGCGAGUGUUCGAGGACUAUCAGAAGGUUUCUGGAAGAGACAUCGAGGACAGCAUCAAGAGGGAGAUGUCCGGCUGUCUGGAGGACGUCUUCCUGGCCAUCGUGAAAUGCCUAAGGAACAAACCAGCGUUCUUUGCAGAGAAAUUAUACAAAUCAAUGAAGGGGCUGGGCACCACAGACAGUGUCCUCAUCAGAAUUGUGGUCGCCAGGGCUGAGAUUGACAUGUUGGACAUUAAGGCUCAGUUCCUGAAGAUGUAUGGCAAGACUCUGCACUCCUUCAUCAAGGGAGACACUUCCGGCGACUACCGCAAAAUCCUGCUGGAGCUGGUUGGAGGCGAGUAACAGAAACAUCCUCCCGCUCCGUCUUCCCUCUGCAGCAGCUUCAUGAGCUUUUUUUAUUUGAUGACCUAUCCUUUCUUAUUACGCGGCCUUCACAUUUCACCUAUCGACCACAAUGCCUUGCCUUUGCUGAUUGCAAUAGCAAUUAAACCAAAGUUUUGUAACCUUU